AUGGAUGUCCUUAGGCUUAAGGAGAGAAGCCUGUGUUAGACCGCCCGACUGUGCUACAGUGCUCUUCUCUGCUUUCCUGCUCUGACAAGUACAGACUGUUGAAGAUGAGGCUGUGGGUCGUCCUGAUCUUAUGCUUUGCCUCCCAGGUUCUGGCUACUAAAAUGGAGGAGGAGCUCAUCGUGGAGGAACCGGCCCCAGAGGAGACUGUGGUGGAGGAGUUUGUGAUGGAGGAGCCAGAGGUGGGGGCUAACCCAGUGCAGGUGGAGGUGGAAGAGUUUGACGAGGCCAUUGACCCCGAGGAGGAAGUGGUGGAGGACACUCUGGAAAACCCCUGCCUGAACCAUCACUGUAAGAAAGGAAAAGUGUGUGAGGUAGACGAAUCAAACACGCCCAUGUGUGUGUGCCAGGACCCCUCCACCUGUCCCCGCACUGAGGGAGAAUUUGAACAUGUUUGUGGAACUGACAAUAAGACCUAUGACACCUCCUGCCACUUCUUCGCCACAAAGUGCACUCUGGAGGGAACCAAGAAGGGACACAAGCUGCACCUGGACUACAUCGGACCCUGCAAAUACAUCGAACCAUGUGUGGACUCUGAACUGAAUGAGUUUCCUCUGAGGAUGAGAGACUGGCUUAAGAACGUCCUGGUGACUCUGUAUGAGAGAGAUGAGGAGAACAAUCUGCUCACUGAGAAACAAAAACUCAGGGUGAAGAAGAUCUACGAGAGUGAGAAGCGUCUGCAGGCUGGGGAGCACUCUCUGGACCUUCUUGCUCACGACUUCCAAAAGAACUACAACAUGUACAUCUUCCCUGUGCACUGGCAGUUUGGGCAGCUCGACCAGCACCCCGCUGACGGAUACCUGACCCACACAGAGCUGUCUCCUCUCCGCGCUCCUCUCAUCCCCAUGGAACACUGCACCACCAGGUUCUUUGAGGAGUGUGACUCCGACCAGGACAAGUACAUCGCUCUGGAGGAGUGGGCCACCUGCUUUGGAAUCAAAGACCAGGACGUUGACAAAGACCUCAUUAUCUAAAUGAUGACAGUCGCUCAGAACGGGAUGAGGCGUUUUCAAACUAAACUUAAAUCAAGGUGCUACUUGCAAAUUAACUUUAUAUAUUUUUUUUUUAAAUAAUGAUUUAUUUCCUACCUAUACCACUAAAAAAAAGAUUUAACUAAAGUCAAACCUGCACACGUUUGUACUCACCCAACAGACACUUAAGAACUCUGAUGUAAAUGUCUUUGGAUUUUAAAUAUUAUAAAUGUCAUUCACCAUUUGUAAUAUCAGGGCUAAGAAUUUGGGAACAAUUUGAUCUUUUUCUGAAAGAGACGAAGUUGUAAAAAAUAAACUUUCUUAAUAAAUUCUCCCUUUGCUUGCUUUCUA